AUGGAAUUGAUACCUUUAUCACCUCAACCAUAUCGGCCAUGUUUAUUACUGAAAUGGUCAUCGGCAUGUAUACUAUUAGAUUGUGCUGUUAAUAUGGAUGCACUUUCAUCAUUUCUUCCAGCUGCGCUUUAUAAAAGUAAACUUUUUUCAAACUUACCAAUGUAUCCAAAAAAUGCACCGAAGUAUUGUCUUAAACGCCACGGGGAACAUGUCCUUAUUGAUGGGCCGUUUGAGGUACAUCCAGCACAGAUUUGCUGUACAUCAAUGGAUUCUGUAGAUGCGAUAUUGGUGUCGAAUUGGAUGUCUCUUCUUGCACUGCCAUUUUUUACAGAAGAAACAAAAUUCACCGGUGUCGUUUAUGCAACUGAUCCAACACUUCAACUCGGAAGAUUAGUUAUGGAAGAAUUGUUGGAUUUCUUCGAUAGGGUGGAUCGAGAGGAACAAGACUAUUCAUGGAAGAAACCAGCAUUGUUCAUGAGUUUCCCUAAUGUUCCAACGAGUGAUCCACGUGAAUGGAGACCAUUUUAUAGUCGUGAACAAAUGGAAAAUUGCUUGGCAAAAGUGCAACGAGUGUCAUUUCGAGAAUCCAUUAACAUUCACGGUGCUGCAACGGUUGCGGCAUAUUCAAGUGGUUAUUCAAUAGGAUCAUGUAAUUGGAUUGUCCGUACCGAACAUGAAAAGAUAGGCUAUUUGUCAGCAACAUCCUCAAGAAAUUCACAUACAAAACCGGUUCAGUGGGAUCAACUUCGUGGUUGUGAUGCUCUUAUACUGACUUCCAUUUGUCGCUUUCCGGAACAUAGUCCUGAAACAUCAGUAUGCCAUGCAUUUGCUGUCAUCGCUGAUACACUUAAGAGAAAUGGUUCUGUAUUGAUGCCAAUUUGUCCAACGGGUAUACUUUACGAUUUGCUUGAAGUUAUUUCGAUGCAGUUAGAUCAGCAUGAUGUACCAGUGGAUGUUCCUGUAUAUUUUAUUUCACCAGUUGCCGAGAGUACUUUAGCAUAUUCAAAUAUUUAUGUUGAAUGGUUAUCUGAAAAGAAGCAAAGUAUGGUGAAUAUACCAGAAGAGCCAUUUAAACAUGGACUGACUUCAAGAAAUGGUCGCUUAAAAGUUUAUGAUAAUAUUUAUGGGGAUUUUUGUCGACAAAUGCGAACUCCAUGUGUUAUUUUUACUGGACAUCCUUCAUUACGAAUCGGUAAUGCUGUACAUUUUCUAGAAAUGUGGGGGAAUGAUUCAAAGAAUGCACUGAUUAUGACAGAUCCAGAUUAUCCAAUUCAGAAUGUGUAUGGACCAUAUGAAAAACUUUCAAUACGUGCUUUUUUCUUUCCAAUUGAGACAAGGUUAGAUUUUUCACAGCUUAAUCCUUCUAUAUUGCCGGAUUUAGCGCCAAAGCUUUUGGUUAUGCCCGAAGUUUACACACAACCGCCACCAAAUUCAUCUCAACGUACCGAUUUUGUUGUUGCAUAUAAUGCGAGAGCUACUUUUCGUUAUGGCGACACUUUUACGAUACCUUCGACAGCAAAAACAAAAAGAGUUCGUUUACAUCCAGACACUCUUCGAUGUAUUGAGUUACGUGGACAUUAUGAUCAUGGUGACAUUGGACUUUCGUCACUCAAGGGAAUUCUUUCAGUAUAUGAUAAUAUUUUGGAGCUUAAUCCAGAUAUGAACUCAAAAAUAAGGAAUGUUUGUGUUGGAAAACUGAGUGCUGAAACAUUCGCUCAAGCUUUAGGAAAGAUGAAUUUGAAAUAUUCACGGAGUGAAAUUAAUGGGAAUGUUUGUUUCACAUGUGAUACUCUUAACGCUUCUGUAUGUAUUAAAAAUGGCGGUUUUCGAACAGUUAUUAGUAGUUCAAGUCGAGAAAAUCGUCAACUGUUAUCGAAAGCUGUUGCAGUUUGUUUGAAAACAUUAUGA